AUGUCUUCUAGAGCACGAGAACCCAGAAAGAAGUCGACGGGAAUCACGCGCAUGGAUGCUGCCCUGGAUGCAAUGCGUCAAUUUGGAUUUGGGAUAAGACUGACUCGAGAAACGGUUCACGAGCUUCUCGAUGUGUAUGGUGGAACUCAAGGGUGGCCCUUUAUUGAAGAGGCCUGUUACAAGCUCCUAAUCGAGACCUUACUUAGCAAACAAGAAGAAGCUUCCGAAGGAAAAGAUAAGGAUGGUGUUAAUAAUGUGACACCAUCAGCUGUGAUUCCUGAUGUUGGCUCUUCUGGACUGGUAUCUGAAGACAGUGAAUUGCAAACUAGUGAUGGUUUGGACUCUUCUACUCAAGCCAGUGAUCAAGGCAAUGCAUCAUCUGGCAAUCUAGAAACUGAUGUUGGGGAUGUGGCCUUGCAAGCUGCUGGAGGAAGACCUGAACAAGGCAUGAACAAGUCAACAAAUGAACAAAACGCUGCAGUUAAUGUCAAAGGAAACAAUGAUAGCACCAUUGUCAACAAAGUUAAGAGUACUUGUUCUGACAAGGCUCCUAUGAUUCAAUCUUCAAAAGCAUUUAAUCCUCUUUCAAACCACAGGCGUGAAGGUUACUAUGGAUGGAUUUGUAAUGGUAGUGAUGAGGAUAAGGAAUAUGUCCAGUUUCCAAUUCCACAAUUAUCUGAACAAAUUGAGAAAAUGAUUGGGCAGUAUGAAGCUCCUCAAGGUGGCAGUAGUAGAAGGCGCAAGAAUAGAUGGGAUGAAAAGCCACGUGAAUGA